UAAUCGCAAUCGGAAUCGCUAUAAAACAAAACAAAAAUAAACAACAUUUUUUUGGCCCAACAGAUAAUCGUUAGGACUUAUCAACUUGUCUGACAAGUGCUGAAUCUGGAGAUUAAUCGUAAACAAUCAAAAUUGUAAGAAAAAAGAAAAUACAAAGUAAUAGUAAUAUUUUAUCGUCAGGUGAUUAUUUGCCUACGACGAGGUCCACAGUAACUCAAGAAAACAUCUAGAGUGAUCUAAAUAACGGCUAUAAAGCCGCCAAAUGGUUUUUUAGCUUUCCCUUAAGCAAAAUUACUUUGCGUUACAAAUCCUCUUUGUCUCUCCAGUCUCCAACGCAAAUGACCGUACACGUGUCCCUUUCUAUUUCCAGGAUUUUGAUUUCCGUUUAAUUUCUCUCCGUCGCCGUGAAAUUUGCUCUCUUGGUUUUCCCGGAGAAUCGAGUCCUUAGCUUUCUCUUCGGGUUUCAGAAUUCGUCUCACCUCCAAUCUCGUCUCCGUGUUGGUAUCGCAUGAACGUUUAGCGGAAUCGCGGGUUUAGCUUCGAGCUUCGGAAUUAAAAUUCUCCUCUGCAUAAUCCUUUCGCCUCGGAUUUUGCUUUCCGCUGCUUCAAAUCGAAGAAAUUUAUUUCGGGAAGUGAUUGGAUCGCGCGUCAGGGACUGGGAGGUUUAAACGAUAGUGGUGACUGGUGAUAAAGUUCGACCUAAUUUGAUUAGCAUGCUCUUAUAGGUAUAUAUUACAACAACAACAUCAAAACGGGGAAGUUAAGAAAUUUAGGAGUUGUUGGAAUGGAGGGUCCAGAAAGAUGAGAGAUAUUUAAUACGCAGAUUUAAUAUUUUAAGGUCCAUAGUUUGCUGUCUUACGUCAACUAAUCGAAAAGGGAAAGAAGGGAGUGGUUGAAGAAGAUGACAAUGCUCAGCUCUUUAACGUCUAAAAUGUUGUCGUUGUCCACCUCGGACCACGCAUCUGUGGUUUCACUGAAUCUCUUUGUUGCCCUUUUAUGUGCUUGUAUCGUGAUUGGCCAUCUUUUGGAGGAGAAUCGAUGGAUGAACGAAUCCAUCACUGCUUUGUUGAUUGGGCUUGGCACUGGGGUCGUCAUUCUGUUGAUUAGUAGAGGAAAAAACUCACAUCUGUUGGUCUUCAGUGAAGAUCUUUUCUUUAUAUAUCUCUUGCCCCCCAUAAUAUUCAAUGCAGGGUUCCAAGUUAAAAAGAAGCAUUUUUUCCGCAAUUUUGUGACUAUUAUGCUUUUUGGCGCCAUUGGGACUCUAAUUUCUUGCACUGUAAUAUCUCUAGGUGUAAUUCAAUUCUUUAAGAAAUUAGACAUUGGGACCUUUGACUUGGGCGAUUAUCUUGCAAUCGGCGCCAUAUUUGCUGCAACCGACUCUGUAUGCACACUGCAGGUUCUCAAUCAAGAUGAGACACCUUUGCUAUACAGUCUUGUAUUUGGAGAGGGCGUUGUGAAUGAUGCCACAUCUGUUGUGCUCUUCAAUGCAAUUCAGAGCUUUGACCUCACCCACCUUAACCAUGAAGCAGCUUUUCAGUUUCUUGGAAGCUUCUUCUAUCUGUUUCUCUUGAGCACCUUGCUUGGUGUAGCGACUGGUCUGAUAAGUGCUUAUGUCAUCAAGAAACUUUAUUUUGGAAGGCACUCGACUGAUCGAGAGGUUGCCCUCAUGAUGCUUAUGGCGUAUCUUUCAUACAUGCUUGCUGAGCUAUUCGCCUUGAGUGGUAUUCUCACUGUGUUUUUCUGUGGGAUUGUGAUGUCACAUUACACCUGGCACAACGUAACCGAGAGCUCAAGAAUAACUACCAAGCAUACCUUCGCUACUUUGUCGUUUCUAGCCGAAACUUUUAUUUUCCUUUACGUCGGAAUGGAUGCACUGGACAUCGAGAAGUGGAGAUUCGUGAGUGACAGCCCGGGGACAUCAGUUGCAGUGAGCUCAAUUCUGAUGGGUUUAGUCAUGCUUGGAAGAGCAGCUUUUGUGUUUCCUCUUUCCUUCUUAUCAAACUUAUCCAAGAAAAACCAGAGCGAGAAAAUCGAUAUUAAGCAGCAAGUUGUGAUUUGGUGGGCUGGUCUAAUGAGAGGUGCUGUAUCUAUGGCUCUUGCCUACAAUAAGUUUACAAGAUCAGGACACACUGAAUUGCGCGGGAAUGCAAUCAUGAUUACGAGUACUAUAACCGUUUGUCUUUUUAGCACCAUGGUGUUUGGUAUGCUGACGAAACCGCUCAUUAGGCACCUAAUGCCACAUCAAAAAGCGACCACCAGUAUGUUAUCCGACGAUAACACUCCGAAAUCAAUCCACAUUCCGCUCCUUGACGGCGAACAGCAGGACUCAUUUGUCGAGUUCUCGGGGAGUCACCACGACGUGCCACGACCAGACAGCCUUCGCGGUUUCCUGAUGCGUCCCACACGCACUGUCCACCACUACUGGAGACAGUUUGAUGAUGCCUUCAUGCGUCCUGUCUUUGGUGGUCGAGGUUUCGUUCCCUUUGUUCCUGGUUCUCCAACCGAGAGAAGCUCCCAUGAUCUCACUAAACCUUGAAAAACAUUAUAGAAGAAGCUUCUCAGAAAACCCAAAAAACUUGUCUCCUCUUCCCUCUCACCACUGGUGAUGUUAAAAAAGGUGUUCUUGGUUCUUUAAAUUUAUAUUUUUUUUUGUGUAAAUUUAUGAAUUUGUAUUUCUAUCAGUAUAUUGUUAUUCGUGGAUGAUGAAGAAGCUUCUUACAUUUUGAGAGACGUGGUGUGGGGUUUAUGUAUAUUAAGUCUUUAUUUCGUUUCAACGAAAACUACACUUUUUGUGUAUGCUUUCUGCCUUGGC